AUGGAUGCUCUAUUUCAAACAGAUUCCCCUGUUUCGAUUGAAGAUGAUCUAUCAAAUGUUCCAGACUCAGAUAACAAUGUGAUUCCAUAUCAACAACAACAGCAGCAGCACCAAUAUACCAAAGAACCCAUGGCUGAGAAUGAAGUGUUUGUUGGUGGAGUCAGUAAGAACGUUACUGAAGAUGACCUCCAGAGUGUAUUCAAUUCAGUUGGGUCUGUACGACAGAUCAGAUUGAUGAAGAAUAAACUUAAUGGUGAAAGCAAGGGUUAUGCUUUCAUCACAUUUGAAGACAAGUCCAGUUGUCAGAUGGCCGUAGAGAAGAUCUCAAACAAGGAGCUUAAAGGUAAAUCUCUUCGUGUCAAAUACUCUGAGAAUCGUAGAAAACUGUUUUUGGGUAACCUACCAAAAGAGUUUAACAAAGAGCAACUGCUAGAGAUUCUAAACAAACAUACCGAGGGUAUAACUUCAAUGGAUUUUUUAAUGGAUCCUGAUAAUCCAACUAGAAAUAGAGGUUUUGCAUUUGUUGAAUUUUCAGAUUAUUAUUUAGCUGAUAAAGCAAGAAAAGAAUUUGCAUCACCAUCAUUUAGAAUUGGUUCAAGUUGUGUCACUGUAAAUUGGGCAGAUCCAGUACAAGAACCAGAUGAAGAUGUCAUGAAGAAUGUUAGAGUGCUCUAUGUGAGAAACCUACCGGAACAGAGAAACAGUGAGGAUCUCAAGAAGGUAUUCGAGGAGUUUGGCACCAUUGAAAAAGUUAUCAUACCGGUGAAUAUACCUGGACAGCAGAGAAGAGACUUUGGUUUUGUUCACUUUGAGUCACGAGAAGCCGCUGAGGAAGCGUUGGUUCGCCACAACAAUCAACCGAUUACCUAUCAGGGCCGUGAUUUGAUCGUCUCAUUUGCGAAACCAAUGGACAAGAAGCAACGUGCCGAGCUGAGAGUGCGUAAACUCCAGCGAACCGUCAAUCGUCAAAACCAGAAUGCCGUGAAACAGUUGCACCAGAUCGUUCCCACUCUGACUGCCGGUGUGCCCCAGAACAUUGCAAUCCAACCGGGUAUCUCGUUCUUCCAGCUGCAGAGCGCGCCAACCGCCGCCACAGCGGCAACAACCAUCGCUGCCGCACCAGCAUCGGCACUGCAGUAUCCACAGGCCUACAACAGUUUUGGAUUCACAGCGGCACCAGCCUCCUAUUCAUUAUAUCCCAUUCAAACGACCGAUUCAUAUCUCAGCUAUAAUCCAUCAGAAGUGGUUGCAGCCAACCACAGAUAUAAACCAUAUUAG